CAUGCUGAAAGUGCAAUAACCUAUGAUGCAAUAAAAUAAAUUAAAUAUUAAGAGGUUAGUAUCCCACGGACCAAAUAACAGCAGCACUAACAACACGAAAGGUACCACAAUGAGCAAAACGUGGAAACAGUUUUUCUUGGUCUUUGCAUUUCUCUCUACUGGGGCUAAUGGACAUGUUAUAUUAUCUUGCCCCUCUGAACGGUUUGAUUACUUUAAAGAUCAACUUCAGAUGAGCAAUUGUUUGGAAGCUGCAUCUAAAAAUUGGACAACAUACCAAACUGCAGAUAUUUUUAACCAGCUACGCUUGCUGACGGCUAUCAUCCAAACACAACAAGAAACUGGUAAAACAACUGAGAUACUCGGGUUACUGCCAGCAAACUGUUUUGCUCCAGUAGUACACAGGGAUGGAGGCCUGCUGUGUGUAUCUUCUGAGAAGAAGAUCUAUUGUAAACCAAUGUGCAAUACGGGUUAUGAUUUUAACUUUAUAAGAAGAUCAAGGCUGUACGAGGAAUGCAGUGCCGCCACCCAAAACAAAUGGACAACACAGUACAUGGGUGGCAAUAAGCUGGCUGAAUGCACUAAAUCCCCCAUUUCAGUGGCAGGAGCUCCGUCUGCCUUCUUCCCUAAGGAAAAGGACUGUCACAAGACAAAGAGCGAUGAAGAACUUAUGAAGAAUAUCACAAGCAUCUUUCAUUCAGAGCUUAUUAAAGCCGGCGUUACAUCAUUCGAAUCUUCAUGCCUUCUCUGUGGUGAGACUCAGAGCAUAAACUAGAGCCAACAAGCAGAUAAAACAUGUGCUUUACACUUUCUGUUUAAAAAAAACAAUGACUCAACAUGUAAACAACAUGUCAUAUUAUGAAACCGCAAAGUUGAAACAGUGGAAAAUAAUAACAUUUAAGGAAAUGAGCUUUCAUUAUGUUGUGAAAAAUAUUAAAUUGUAAUCAAAAUUAUUUAAAUUAUCAGCGUACUAAAAUCUUGGCACCAAAUCAAUGCUGUAAUAGUAGUACUUUUCACACUGUAUAUCAUUUACUGAGCCCCAUACAUCACAAUGGUAGAAAUCUCAUACCAAAUGAAAGAAGGAAGUCUUGGGCACAUUUUUUGUGUUCAUUACAUUUCCAUAUCUUCCAUACAAAGUUGUAGACUAAUUAAUAGAGAAUGGUCACUUGUGACAACUUACCCCACUCUCCCCUACAGUAUCAUAAAAAGGAAACCACAUUCACUUAAAUAGCAAUGCAACUGCCAUAUAACAGCUCAUAGUAAACACCCUAUGUAUGCAGGCUAUCUUUAAUAAUAUCUUAUGCUAGUUUUUAAGCAAUUUAUCCAAUUAAUAAAGACAAUAUGGGAACAAAGCA